UCAUACGGUCGCCGCCGCGUCUGCGCACCGGGAGCUGCUUGCCGUUGCGGCCGCCUGGAAUUCUGGGGCUUGUGUCUGCCCCUCGGCUGCGGGCGGGAAGCCGAAGGUAUAUUUUCAGUGCUAGGCACAGUGCUGUGCAAUGAGGAUACAGAAAUGGUGAGGUUGGACAGUUGUCCCUUCCCUGUGGAGCUCCCAGUCAGGCCUCUAUAGACAUCCCAGGCCCUGCUGCUAUCUAGGAUGGCUCCGUUGGGCAUGCUGCUUGUGCUGCUGAUGGCCUCCUGCUUCACCUUCUGCCUCAGUCAUCAGAACCUGGAGUUUGCGCUGACCAACCCAGAGAAGAGCAGCAGCAAAGAAACAGAGAGAAAGCAAACCACAGCAGAGGAGGAGCUGGACCCCGCGGUCCUGGAGGUCUUUCACCCGACCCAUGAGUGGCAGGCCCUUCAGCCAGGUCAGGCUGUCCCUGCAGGAUCCCAUGUACGGCUGAAUCUCCAGACCGGGACAAGAGAAGUGAAACUCCACGAUGAGGACAAGUUACAAAAUAAAUUGAAAGGGUCAAAAAAAGGCAGAAGGCUGGACAUCAACACCAAUACCUACACGUCUCAGGAUCUCAAGGGUGCGCUGGCGAAGCUCAAGGAGGGGGCAGCGACGGGGCAUGCGGAGAAAGACAAGGCAAGGCAGGCAGAGGUUAAACGGCUCUUCCGCCCCAUUGAGGAGCUGAAGAAGGACUUUGAGGAGCUGAAUGUCGUCAUUGAGACAGACAUGCAGAUCAUGGUACGGCUGAUCAACAAGUUCAAUAGUUCCAGCUCCAGCCUGGAAGAAAAGAUUGCUGCACUCUUUGAUCUUGAAUAUUAUGUUCAUCAGAUGGAUAAUGCACAGGACCUGCUUUCCUUCGGUGGCCUUCAAGUGGUGAUUCAUGGGCUGAACAGCACAGAGCCCCUGGUGAAGGAGUAUGCUGCGUUUGUGCUGGGCGCUGCCUUUUCCAGCAACCCAAAGGUCCAAGUGGAGGCCAUUGAGGGGGGCGCCUUGCAGAAGCUGCUGGUCGUCCUGGCCACAGAGCAGCCUCUCACUGUGAAGAAGAAGGCCCUGUUCGCACUGUGCUCCUUGCUGCGCCACUUCCCCUACGCCCAGCAGCAGUUCCUGAAGCUGGGGGGCCUGCAGAUCCUGAGGAGCCUGGUGCGGGCCGAGGGCACGGAGGUGCUGGCUGUGCGCGUGGUCACCUUGCUCUACGACCUGGCCACUGAGAAGAUGUUUGCCGAGGAGGAGGCGGAGCUGACCCAGGAGACGCCCUCAGAGAAGCUGCAACAGUACCGCCAGGUGCACCUCCUGCCAGGCCUGCGGGAACAGGGCUGGUGCGAGAUCACUGCCCGCCUGCUGGCACUGCCUGAGCAUGAUGCUCGGGAAAAGGUGCUGCAGACGCUGGGCGCCCUCCUGGCCACCUGCCGGGACCACUACCGGCAGGACCCCCAGCUCAGGAGGGCCCUGGCCAGCCUGCAGGCCGAGUACCAGGCUCUGGCUGCCCUGGAGCUCCAGGAUGGCGAGGCUGAGGGCUACUUCCGGGAACUGCUGGGCUCCGUCAACAGCUUGCUGGCGGAGCUGAGAUGAGGCUGCGCCCCAGCUCCGGGACCGGACUGGGCCCGGCCAGUGAGGCUGAGGGCCACCAGCUUGGCUGGGCUCUUCAGGGGAUACCAGUGGGGAGGGAGGACUUCUCUACUGGGCCUGGGCAUCAUCUGGGCAGUGCCAGCCUUACCAUUAAAUGGAGGCGCAAAGGC